GCCGAGGCCGCAGAAGCGGCUUGCCACUCGCAGUCAGCGGUUCCAUGCGGUAAUUUUAUGACAACCUGUGCGCGCGUGUCUUUUUCAUUUGUAUCCAAAUUCCAUAGCGAUACUCUCGUCGUUAUUUUCAUAUUUAAUUACCAGAACAAUAAAGUCGAUUUUGUAACUUUACGAAGCAGUGAAAUACGGAUAAAUAUAGUGGUUUUGUGAGUGAGUGAUAAAGAUUGGGAACAAAACGUGGGGAGUGUGUGCGGAAGUGAGGAAAUGGAAGCUGACGAGACGCGCUCGUUAUUAUUAUUGUCGUAUGAUUAUAAAAUCGGCAUACUUUACGACAUUUUUGAGACAUUUUCCGAAAAAACAGUGUCAAAUUACGAUUUUACGGUUCACUUUUUUUGAGCUGUUAUGAUAGAGGAUAAAUCUUCGGUAGCGGAUGCUGAACAACCGCGAAUUCGGAGUAUUCAAUAAUAAUUAAAAAAAAUCAUUCUCAUUUUUUAUACGCAUACACGGACGAGAGAUUCUUUCGGAUCGCGAUUCACUCUAAUAAUGAAAUAAAAGUUUGUUUUUCUUCCCUUUACCGUGCCAUAUCUUCCAGCGAGAAUAUUUCCUCCGUUCUUUUUCUCCUUCACUGUUCUAAUUUUUGUUUCAAAUUGUACUACUGUAAGAGGUGCUGAAUAAGUGUUUUUCUCGUCUGUUACGGUGUGUGACAAACGUGCGACGAUGACGACGUAAAACCGGUGACGUUUUUUCCCCUUUUCUUUGUUUCGCUCUUUCCUUUGUUUUUAUUUUUUUAUUACGCCGCCGAGACGCGCGGCACCGGGCGAACGCGAGACCACGUUGUGUACUGGAAAUAACGAAAAAAAGAGAAAAACGACAAGAGGAUAAACAUGUGGUGUCUUGUGAGUCAGGCCAACUCAGUGAUUCUCGAGGUUCAGGUUGAUCCACGCGCUAUCGGUCAAGAAUGUCUCGAAAAGGCCUGCAAUUGUUUGGGGAUAAGCAAAGAAUGUGAUUACUUCGGCCUCAAAUACCAGAACGCGAAAGGCGAAGAGUUAUGGCUGAAUCUGAGGAACCCGAUCGAUCGACAAACCGGAGGAGUGACGCCACUCCGAUUUGCACUGAGGGUCAAAUUUUGGGUGCCGCCUCAUCUGUUGCUCCAAGAGGCUACACGGCAUCAAUUCUACUUGCACUCGCGUCUCGAGCUUAUGGAAGGAAGGCUGAGAGUAUCAGACUGGAUGUCAGUCCCGAGACUCGUUGUCUUGAUAGCUCAGGCUGAUGCGGGUGAUUACGACGCUCUGUCACCGCCACACGCUAUUUAUUCACAAUGCUGUCAGAUCCAACCCUCCGAGCCUUGCGAACCUAAGCCUCAGGACUUUUUGCAUCGAAUCGUUCAACAGCAAAAGGAAAUAAAAGGGAUGAAAGCAUCGACAGCCGAAUAUUGGUUGUUGAAAGAAGUCUCAAAUCUCGAGACGUUUGGGCAGGAAAUGUUUCACAGUAAAUUCGGUGCCAAUGGAGUUUCCAUGAUCGGCGUCGGACCCCAUGGCAUAACGGUCUAUCGAGGCCAGGGCGAAGAAACACAAAAUAUCCCAUACACGGCUAUACAGAGUGCAACGUCACAGCGGAGGAUGUUCCACCUCAUUUAUCUUUCACUCGACGGGGAGGAGACAUCGCUCGAUUUCAAAUUGGACUCUAGUCAAUCGGCUAGCGGAUUAUAUCGUGCCAUCACCGAAAAACACGCGUUUUAUAGCUGCGAGACUGUCAGAAGCGCUGUUACAGCUCAGUUUAUCCGAGAUCUUAAGGGUACGAUAAUAUCGAUAUUCAACGAAGAUUCGACGCUUGGGAAAAAAUAUGUUUUCGACAUUCGUCGUACGUGCAGGGAAGUUUACGACAACGCCCGACGAGCACUUUAUUGCGAAGCGGCUAAUAUUACAAUGCCCGAGGAGAGCGCUCUCGUUCAGAGGCACGACUGUGGAGAUUGCGAAAAUCCCAAAUGCAAGGAAUCUCGAGCAUGCUUGGCAAAAUUACUGGACGCGAUGCUGUGUCGAAUCUGCAUGGACCGCAGUUUGGACACGGCACUUUUUCCAUGCGGACACGCCGUCGCGUGUCUCGAGUGUGCGAGACGUUGCGAGCGUUGUCCGCUCUGCCGGGCCGACAUCGAUCAUUGCAGAACAAUUUAUUUGCCGAUCGAACUCACUCAUGUGGAUAAAAUUGAUCUCAAGCUGAGCGGCGUCGACAACACCGAGACAAAUUUCUCGAGCCAGCAACCUGACGGCGAAUUUAUCGGCAGAGAUAAUAUCUUAGAAAACGAUACGUCGGUAAAUCAUAACGAUAUUUGAGAACGAAGGAUCAGCCGAAAAUUCGGCUUUUUACUAAACUUUUUGCGAAUAUUUACUUGUCGUAUCGAGAGAUCGUAUUAUUGAAACUCUCGUCGAUUUAAUCCUUAAAUUGCACUUCCUCAGGAAGGCAUUUUUUCUAAUAAUCAUUUGAAUGUGAUUUUAUUUUUGUUUAUCCCAAAAAAACUGUUGAAUCAAAUGUUAUUUUUAUCUUUUUUCUAAUGAAAAAUUUUCUAAUUUCUGUUUUUUUUUGUUUUAUAAACAAUUUGAUUCAGAGAUCAAAGUAACUAGGAUUUUUCAUGAAAAAAUGUUAAUUACGUUAAGCAUAAUAUGAAUUAUGAAAAGAACUAAAGAUCGGUACGUCUAGAAUCAUAGAAUUUAUAUUUUUCUGUGAGGUUCGUCGAAGCUCUAAAACACAAGACGAGGAUUCUUCGGUUGAUAAUAAAUUUCGUACUUUAUAGAUCGUCUCGACAAAUAGACGCGAUGAAUUUCCAGUGUGCUGUGAUGAAAUUGGCUGUCAAAUCGCCAAAAAACUGGAAAUCUUCGCGUAAAACAAGAAAAAGGGGAUUUUCGUGGUUAAGACUAACGGAGAUGUUGGAAUGAGGCUAUUGAGUGAGGCGCGCGGACAAACGUUUCGCGAAGGAAGCAAAAUAAAAAUAAACUUUCAUCAAUCAUAAUUUAUAUUUUACAAGAAAAAAUAUCAGUGGAAUAGUUUUUGAUCGAGAAUACUUUGCAUAUGAUUUAAAUUCACGUAAAGUACAUAGUCCCAUUAAAAAAUUGUUCGUAUAAAAAAUGCAGAAUAUUCCGUAUUUUCGUCGUGUGGGAAGUCGUGAGUUAAAACAAACUGCCCAAAGGUCACUUUUUUCAGAAGCGAACAGCAAAAAAAAGAAACAAGUGGUCCAUUCACUUUUUAUUUCAUUGACUCGGGUCAAUCGAUCAUAUCAAAAUUUUGCAACAUUUAUUUUUAUCAUUGUCCCCUUGUAAGCGGUCUAAAUCAACCGCAACCUCCAAAGGGCAGCGGGUCGGAAGUUUUAAUCAUAAUGCUUGACCUCACACUGCGCACAUAUGGGCCAUUCGACGUCCAUUUCAUUCACGAUUCGUUCUAACAAUUUAUACUAUAAUCUUUGCCCAUUUCCAUUUAUCGGCCAAGAGUUAAUCCCGUUAACUCGUUCUCCAUCGCGCGAUCGAAUGAAAUGGCACUGUAACAAGCCAAAAGGUUUGAUAAAAAAGGACGCAGAAAUGAAAAUAUUUUGCUGACCUCAUUGGUCGUCUAUAAAAAAACAUUUGCCUAUCGAAGCCUCGUGAAUAAUUUCAUCGGAAAUGGAAUUACGAUUGGAUGAAAUUUUAGCGAGACUGAAUUAAAUGUACGUUGAAUUUUCUUCGCAUGAGGACAUUCGUUAUUCAUCAAUAAGCGCACGCAGCCUCGUUCUGGCAACAUCACAAUAUCUCCGUUCGUACAGGAUGUUUCAUUGAAAAAAAAUCUUCGAUGCUUAUCAUUAUUUUUCAUACAAACAUAAUAUUCCUUGUUAUUAAUACUGUGAUUGUGAUUAUCACGAUUUUUCAGCGAUUAUUCAAACGAUAAAAAAAAAUAAUAAUAAAUUCGAAUCCGCUAGUGCUCGAUGAAAGAAUUGGUCAUAUCGUAACGUCGAAUAUCAAAAAAUGUCGUAACGACUGUUCUCUCUCUCUCUCUCUCUUUCUCUCUUCACGAAACGCCCUGUACAUAAAGUCGAGAAAAAAAGGAAAACAUUACUGUAGUAUCUGUUCAUAUGUACAUAUAGAAAAGAUAACGUUGUAGCAGGGUCAAAUGGGUAAAUGUUAUAGGUGCUUAAAACGUCGUAAUAUUAUUUAUGCCGAUUUCGCUAUGCGGCGAAUUAAAAAAAAAAAUUGAAAAGUAAAAUUUAACGAAAAAAAAUAUAUGUAUACAUUGAUAAAGUUUUUUCUUUAACUCAAUAACUCAAAUUUUCUAUUCUCGAAAUAAACGCGUGUGUUUAUCUUGCCAUGAGUCAGAGACGGAGCAGCCCGUUGAACGAAUUGACUCUUCGAUCUCGGGAAUAAGAAUAGAAAAAAAAGUUUAAUAAAGGCAUCUUAUUAGAGAUGAGCAAUUUCAUUGAUUUAGGAAUAAGAAUAUUCUUACAUUCGCUAAUAAUUUUUUAUUACUAUUCAGUUUCCAAUAAUUCAUUUUAUUGUUUCAUGAAAGUUUAUGGCUGCUGCUCCGAUAGUAUUGUACGUAACUUCUCUCGCGUAGAGAACAACGGAAAAAAGCAUUAAAACUUCGUGCAGUUAAAAUUGGGAACCGGAAUUCAGCAGGAGUUUGUCAAAAAUCGACACUUCCACAGUAUUUUGACGUCUGUCAAACGUUGCUCAAAAAUCAUUUUUUAAUGCUCGAUUCUGAUUGUUGUUAAUGAAACAUUCAUGUUUUGGCACCGAAUAAACACAUGCGUUACUGAUGAAAAAAAAUAUUUACGAUCGAUUAUAAAUUACGAAAAGGAUAAUAAUGAAGAUUUUUAUUCAAAUAACGACUGAUCGCAAUUUUUUUCAAGGACGACGUACCGAUGCGAAGGAUUGUUCAUGUCCAAAAUAUCUCGCGAUAUCGUGAAUUUUUCGAGCCCAAUAUUAUGGCGAAAAAACUAAUAAUACCGUUGAAAUGAGAGUGCGACGGCGUUAAAAUUAUUCAAAUACACGAAAAUCGUUAUAGUCAUUCAUCAAUGCAAAAGGUAAACGUAGUUCUUAAUUUUAUUCAUAGGUUACAAACGUAAAUACGAUAUAAAUGAUAAAAAUGAUAACGAGAGAUUUAACAGAGUUGGAUUCACAUACAGAUUGGAUUUGACAUUGUGCAUCAUACCAGUAAAACUGAAAAUAACCGUCAUCGACGGGACGUGGAAUUUUUAUCAAAACAUCAUCCUUCGCGUACAUAAUUUUUCUAGCUUGAAGUGUGAUUCGAAAGAAAAAACUGUUCAUAUCCCACUUCGAAUUUUCUUACGAAAAGAAUUUUAUCUGUAAUUAUCAACUGAGGUCAUAAAAAUGAUUUUCACGAAGAACAACAUUCUAAAGAGCAGUUGGACUUUUGUAUAUAUUUAGAUCGUAAAAUUCUGCAAUCGAAAUAUUCGUAAGUUCUCAACGAAUUUCACUUUGUGGUAGAGAAAACAUGAACGUAAACUUAUCCAACAAUAAACUGCGAAAAGUAAUUUCAUCUGCGGUCAUGAAAAACCUUUUCAAAGCUUUUUUUCAUAGUUCAUUCAACGAGUCGAUCACUCGACGUCGAAAGAUUCCAUCGUCGGAGUUUAAUGAGGAAAUACAAACCUUCCACAAAGUAUUAAUUUCAUCAACUGAAAAUUGAUUUUGCAUGAAUUUGUUACAAGCACUGAAAAAUAAAGGUAGCAAAUAUCGAGGAAUUUGAAUAAAAAAAUAAAAAUGUAACAUUUCAAUGCAACGCUGCAUCCGACAGCUCUAUCAUCGUAUAAUCCAUAAGAAUUUAUUUUCCAUAGUGCUACGUGAAAAAGUCAUAGCCCAAGCCUGAUUAAGCGUUAUUUCAAGGGACACUCGUACCGCAAGCAUCUACGAUUGCAAAAUUUUCGCUACAAGAAUGGUGGCCUGAGAAAAAACUAAAAUUAAAAAAAAAAAAAAACAAGAAAAUCUUUAUACCCUUGUUGCGUGUCUAUUCAAUAAUUUUAAGACCUAUAUCGAUAAUAAGAUUGGUACGAAAAAGAAGAAAACGAAGAGGAAGAAAAGGAAGAUGAAAAUGAAUGAAACGAUUAUCGAAUUAAGAUUUCUUGUGAUUAUAUCUCUGUAUAUAAAGCGUACACUAAAUAAUUAUUACCGUAGACGGUAGUUAGAGCUCCGUAUCGUAGCGAAAUAAGUCGCGUGGUAUCUCUAAACUGAAAAAAUUGUCGUUUGCAAAGAGUAUUUUUAAAGUAUUUCCAAUUAUUUUUUAGUAAUCCACAUCAAAGCUCCCAUCGAUGGAUGCUAUGAAUGAAAUUAGAAAGAGAGAAAGAAAGAGAAAGGGAGGGAAAGAGUGAAAAAAAUGUUUAAUAAUCGAAUGGAAUGAUCGUUAAAAACGUAAUGCAUAGAGUAUCUUAUACAUAUGCCAUGUGAUUAAAUAUCGUCAAACAUUGAAAAAAAAAAA